GGGGGGGCGCGGGCUGGCGGCGGCCGAGGGUUUGCGCCCACACCCCCGCCCGACCCUCUGUCCGCCGGGCGCGGCGCGGGCCGGGGAGCGGCGGCGGAGCCCGGUGGGGGCUGCGGGGUAACUUCAAGCCUGUUGAAGCGCAGAAACCUCCCCGCCGCCGGGCGCUUCGCCGGGUGCCGGGGAAGGUGUUCACAGACAAGUUCAGGUUUAUCCAGAGAGCCAUGGCAGAAGGUGGAUUUGAUCCCUGUGAAUGCAUUUGCUCACAUGAACAUGCAAUGAGAAGACUGAUUAAUCUGCUGAGACAAUCCCAGUCGUACUGCACAGACACAGAAUGCCUUCAGGAAUUGCCAGGACCAAACUCCUCCGGUGACAAUGGCAUCAGCUUUGCCAUGAUAAUGAUGGCCUGGGUGGUGAUUGCACUUGUCUUGUUCUUACUGAGACCUAGUAAUCUAAGAGGAUCAAACACAGCCGGAAAGGCAACCAGCCAACACAAUGGACAAGAACCACCAGCUCCACCAGUGGACUAGAGCAUUCAGUAUUGGAAAAGUUCAGCAGCUAAAACCUUACAUGACCAAAUGAACGAAGUGACCAGAUUACUCUUAAACCCCACUCAAUACGGUUUCCUUUUCUCAUUUAUAUAGAGCAGAGUUAUCAUUCAGCAGUAAUCUUCAUGAACUGCUUUUAGCAACUUCAAUUUUAAGUUAAUUUUUGCUUUGUAUGUUAUUACAAUUCCUGUAAGAUUGUAAUUUGAAUAAUGGUAAGGCAUUGCAGGGGUUUUUUGGUUAUUACUGUUACUGUGGACAUUCCACUCAGUCUCUUUCUAAUUUCUUUGCCAUGAUUUCUGAUAUGCAUCGAAAGAAAAAGAAAAUCCCAGUCCAUCUAGAAGAAUGGAAGAUUACUGACUUUUCUUCAGAUUAGUUCAUAUUUCUUCUCCAGUAUGCUUUUGAGAGUUAUAUUGUGGUUGGAAUUACUUCGUUACAUGCUGAAAAAUAGAAAUUGUCUUAUAUUUGCCCUUAUAUUUGCCCUGAUUUCAGAGCAGCUUUUAUUCUGGUCUUUGGACCAUUAACAUAGUUUUCAGGGUUGCUGGCAAAAGUAUGGAAUGUCCACUAGAAUUAUACUCUGUGUGUGUGCGUGCACACGUAAGAGAAUGUGACGACUGCCACUGUCAAAGCUUUGAUCUAUAAACUGAGAAUUUUACACAAAAGAUUAUACCACCAAAAAAGUUAAUUUAGCCAUUUUCAUUAAUAAAUUGUAUGUCUUAUUCAAUAUGUUGUCAAAAAAACCCAUACUUUAAACCCAGGUGUGUUUACUUAUAGACUUUAUCAAAAGAGAAAUUUAGUAAGAAGAACUUAGUAGAAUUUUCUGUCCUGGCAUAGUCGUUUCAUAAUUGGUACCUUAACAAGUUUUUAGCCAUGAUGUAAUGUAUAUUGGACAGGAUGAAAUCAUACCAAGAAGUUACCAGUUACCAACUUGUGGUAUAUAACAUCUACUGGAUUAUUCAAGAUUUUUCACCUGUAUGUUAUCAGCAAUUCUUAACAUUUCAUCCUUAUCUACUAGUUGUAAUUGUAGAGUAACAAACUUGCAGGUGACUACAUAUGGCAUGUCUCUCCCCUCUAGUAUUUGUAUGUAUGUGUGGUAUGUUUAAGUGCGUGUAUGUGUGGCUGUGCACACACCUGUGCACAUCUCCCAUUAUGGCAAAUGGGAAUUACUUUUUUUAUGUACAUUAAUUUAAGAACAUUUUAAAGAUGUACAGAAGAGCAACACUGUAUAUUUUUCUUGUUCAAAUUGAAAAAUUGAUCAGAAUAUUGUAAAGAACAUUUUUAUGUUACCAACAUAAAACUUCUUUCCUUAAAUGUCAGUAGAACAGACAUAUGGAAAUCCUAAGCCUUACUCUACAAACCUUUAUUUCAUGAGGACUUUAGUUAUGGAGCUGAAGGAACUAACCUAAAGCGCAAAAAGGUUUGUAUUAACAGGCUUGUCCUUGAAAGGCAGGUGUCUGCUAAGGAAGGCAGGAACCUCCCUUGGAAUGGAAAAUAUAACCCCCUUCCUUCUGAAUUAUUAUUAUUAUGAUUUUGAAAUUAAGGGGCUCUCAGGCAAAGAUACGAGAAUAGGAAUAACAGUUCUUUACCAGUUUGUAUAACAAAGCCAACAACCAACACCAACUCUGGCACUAACAACACCCAGCACCAGGACGCGGUGACCCCUUUGGGCCGCGGGCGCGUUCCCCUGGUGCAGUUCCGCUCACGGCCGCCAGGGGCACUGCUGGCUCCCGGCACGCAGGGCGGGCGCGGCGAUUGCCCACGGCCGCAGGGGGCGCUGUGGGGCGGGGAGCAGGCGGGGAUGGCGGGAAGGGGCGGAGGAGAGGCUUUGCUGCACAACCCCUGGGGCAGCCGAUGGCGGGGCCCCUGCAGGACUCUGAGGAGCACCAAGCAGGAUGUCUCAGCAGGCAGGGGGUGCGAGGCUACAGUGCCUAAAGGCCAGAGAAAACUCGGAGCGGUGCUGGAAAAGCAGCAGGGGCGGGACAGCGGCAGCCCCGCUCCCAGCAGGGCAGGGAGAGGUGAGCUCAGAAUCCCGGGCAUCCGAGCACAUGGUGAAAAGUCCCUCUUUCAGUGAGGUGGGGGUUAAUGAGGUCCCACGUCAGUGGCUGCUCUCAGGAGCAGAGGCUCACCCCACAGCAGCAGAAGCAGCAGCUCUGGGCUGGGCUCCGAUGGCAGCCGCGAGUUCCCUUCCCCAAGCAGCAGCUCUGACCGUCCUCCUCCAAGGCUGAGAGAGGGAGAGUGCAGCUGCUGCCCCAGCCCCAUCCUUUCCCUGCCCAAUUCUCCAGUAUCUCUGCCCCUCAGAGAGAAACUCCAGGUAAGAGAAGUGCAACCAGAUGCCCUCCUUCCCCAAGCUUGGCCACUUCUUUUGUUUUUCUUAAUUACCCAGAUGUUAGUGCUUCCUAGCAACUUAUGGGAAAAAUUCCAUAAAUGAAAAGGAACAAAAGGAAAGAAACCUAACCCCUAACAGGGCUCUAACAAAAAUCUCACAUCAGAUCCCAUGGUUGACAGAGGCAGGGUUUUGCUCUUCACGGUAAAUGGUGAGCCAGCUAAGCCUUCUUGUAAAGGUACAGUGUAGACCUGAAGAAGGGCUUCUGUAAUUUGAUGUAAUUGACCUUUGAAUUUCUAAGGAAUAGUGUGCUCCCAAGCAUAGGAGCAUGUUUAAACAAUAAAAAAAAAAAAAGAUUGGGCCAGGUGCUCUCCAUGACAUCAGUGCAGUGCCAUGUAAAGCAAUGAAACUGCAGGGGAGAAGCUGAGAGAACCUGUCCCAUUAUGUCUAAUAAUGUACAGGCCACAAACACUGUGUAAAGAUGUCACUGGGACAAACACUUGGCCGUGCUUGCUUUUAGCCUUCCAUGUACAUUUAUGUUUGGGAUACUGUUCAGAACAAGUAAUACAGCACCAUUUUGUUGAACCCAGAAGGAAACAUAUAGUCUCCCAGACAGACCUUUUUUCUCCAAGGAUUUUUGGCCAGAAUUCUUCACUGCUGGAGGCAUAAAACGAGCUUCCAACUGAUUAAAAACCUAAAAAAGGCUUCUAUUCAGACAGAGCACUACUUGGGAGCUGGUGAGAUUUACAGGAGAUGCUCCUUACUUGUGAGGAUCAGUCUCACUUAAAUGUCUGUUUACGUAUUUAUAAAACUUACCACGUGCACCCAGCUCUAAGAGUCUUGGCAAAUGAACUUUUUGUUCAGAGGAAUGUUGUGGUUUACCUUUAAAUGAAAUGUCUUUGCUUGAAAUUCCUCUAAUUGUCCCAGUGAUUUUAUACAUGUAUGCUUUCCUCAUGUAAAUUGCUAUUUUAAAUUUUCUAUGUAAAAGAAAAAAAAUUGGAAAUAUUUUAUUGUAAAAUGUUUUACUAAAGAGCCAGGCCACUAUCCCACAUCAAAAUGUAUGCCUUUUUAAUUCAGAUACUGUCUCCAAGAUAGAAACUUCAGAUCAGCAUUCUUAAUUAAAAUAAAAGUAACUAACCAUAGGACUGUAUUUUGCCACUCUUAUUUGUGUUAAAUAGUGCCUUACUCAACAAGUAGUUGCACUGAAGUUUGUGGAACUACUCUGAGAUAAUGUACUAGUAGCAGCUUUAGUAAGGGUGGCAGAAAUCUGGCCUUUAGUGAUGUAAUUUGCAAUUAAAUAAUUGUAUCAUGGUUACAGAUGUUUAUGGUCAAUUUUGGGAAGUAUGGAAGAGAUUAGUGGUAUGCAAAGCUCCAGGAUAUGAUCAGUUCUGUAAUGAUGGUUUUAAGCUUGGUUAGUAAGAGAUGCAAGUUGUAGCAACUUGGGAAAUAUGGAGGGAAAUUUACAAUUAUACCUUAACUUUGGUAAAACAAUAGUAUUUUUAGAGUCUGCUUAACACAAUUACUAUACUCUGAAAUGAGAAAUCAUAUGUAUUCAUGCACUGUCUGCAGAUCACUUAGCCUUGUAAUAUCCAUGAUUGAAAAAGGAAGAGUGACAAUGUCAUGUACUUAAUGUAAAUCGGUGGUUUCAAAUAUCUGAAUUAUGCCAAACAAAAAAUCAUCUGUGCCAUUUGCAGUUUCCUAGUAAUCUUUUACUGAGUACUUGGAUUGGGAUAAAGGGCUUGUACUAUGCACUUUUUAUUGACUUAAUAAAUAGCAAUCAUUAGUAAA